AUGUCCCGUGUGGAGGCUUUUGGAAAUUCGGAGCUGCGUUCCCAGCUGAAAGCAUGCAGAACUGAGAUCGCGAUGGCAAUCCACGACGCGUUCCCCCUGCUUUAUGGUCUGGCGGAUCAUGAAAUCAUUUCUGACCGACUUCUGGGGGAGACCCUGGAGAGGAAGAAGAAGGAUGGGAUCCAUAAGGCUGUGUAUUCUCUCCUAACGUGGCUUCUGGAGCAGGACACCUCAGUUAUCCAGGCUUUCUGGGACAAUCUUUCCAAAGAGUACAAUCAGGAGAGCUACCCCAAACUGCAGAGCCUGUUCGCUAAUUUACCCAAAGGACUGAGACUGGGGAGCAGGGCUGCUAGGAGCCCCAGACUGGAGCUGCAGAUUCAGAGUCAGCUGGGCAGGAAGAGGGGUCUCAGGGAGAAGCAGCUGACCCAUCGCCCACACCACUAUUCCAAGAGAGCGCUGCAGCCUAGCUCAGGGGGAAAAGGAAAGCCUGUGAGGAAAACAGACAGCACGUCUCUCUCUCAGGUUUCAGUGAGCAAAGGCGUGCAGUCCAUGUCCGCCUCAGUCCAGCGGGCUGUGACACUGACCGCUGGUGAACAUCCUGCAGGCUGUGGGAAGGUGGAGGAAAUUCUCAUCCAGCAGGUCAUUGAGUCUGGAGGGGCUAAGAAGUGUAUUAAAGUUGGAGGAGAGUUUUAUUCCUCUGGAAAACUGGAGGAGACAGCCAGCACACACGUUCCACAGACUGCGCAAAGUGAGGGUCACCAACAGGUGGAGCCAAACGCCAGAGCUAUGGAUGUGCGUGGAGCAGGCUGAGUUUACAUCUUCAUGUCGUGUGUACGCCUUCAGGUGGAGCGCAAUGAUGACGAGUGUUCGGUGUGUAAAGAUGGAGGAGAGUUGAUUUGUUGUGAUGGAUGUCCUCGCGCUUUCCACCUCAACUGCCUGGUGCCUCCACUGACCUCCAUACCCAGUGGUACCUGGCGCUGUAAGUUCUGUAAUGGAAGCCGAGCGAUGGUGGAGAAGACAUACAUGCCUCUACAGCCUCCAGUUCACCCCCCUCUGACCGAGAGCAGCUCCAGCUCCACGGUGGACUUCUCUUUCUUCUCCUCCACGUCUCUGUCUGCAGUUACAGGCAGCAAGAACACACAGCCUGCAGGAUUCCAGUCUGCAGACCCUGACCUGGCGGGCAUUAGGGACAGGACCCCCUGUGGGAUUUGCCAUCUCACCCGUGGAGAGCUGCUUAUCUGCCCUCAGUGCCUGCAGAGCUACCAUCUACACUGCAACUUCCCAAAUGGGAGAGCUAGAUGCAGAACCUGCUCCAGGAUGUGGGGGUCGGGAGAGAGUGAGACACCAUCCAGGACUAUGCAGGUGUCUCAGCGUUCUGGUGAUCAGGCUCUGGCUCAUUCUGAGCAGCAGAUCAUUAAUAAAGAGGAGAUGGACUCCUUCAUGGGGGAGAGCUCGAUUGAUGGGAUCCUGCAGUGGGCCUUUCAUAACAUCUCCCGUCCACUUUCUGAGUCUCAGGGCUACUUCCAGUGACCCCGUGACGGCCAGAGGAUGAUUCUUGCUGUGGUUAGUUGAGGAAAUUUGGAUGAAUUGAGUGACUCUAAAGCACGGCUGGAGGUGCGGCACAGUCACACCCUCUCUCCAGCUCCUCAGGGCUUUAUGUUGCAUGAUAUUACUGACCUAAAGAUGUUCUCUAUAUAAGAUGUGUUUGUUACUAUCACACCUUCAAGAGUUCAUUCAUAAAAAAUGGUUUUGUAUUGAACCAUGAACACUCAAAGAACC